ACCUCUGAAUAUGAGACAUCUAGUCAUAGCAUGUGGUGUUUUGUAAUGACAUCACUGAAACGAAUCUAUAAUGCUGAUGUCUUAUUCUGAAAGUGAAGCUCAAAUAAGCAGCAGUGGACUGCUGUUGAAAUCGCACUACCUGCAGCCAUGAUGCACGAUGUACUUAUUGGAAUCAGCAGCAUGAAUGACUUCCAGGAAAAUGAAACAUACAAUGACACAUCUGACUACAAUGGAUCACUCGUCUUCCUCUGUGAAGAUGAAAACCAGCAUUCGGGAAGCACAGCCACAGCUUUUUGCUUCAUUGUCAUCUUCUGCCUCAGUUUUGCCGGCAACACAGUGGUCCUCUGUGUCCUUGCCAGGUAUGAGAAACUGAAGAGAGUCACCAACCUCUUUGUCUUGAACCUGGCCAUGUCAGAUCUUAUCUUUAGUAUGUCACUUCCAUUCUGGAGCACUUAUCACUUUUCCCAAUGGGUCUUUGGUGACUUCUUGUGCAAGCUGUUGAGUGGUGCUUACUUCAUUGGCUUCUGCAGCAGCAUGAUGUUCCUCACAGCAAUGACUGUUGAUCGCUAUAUGAUCAUGGUCCAUAACCAGUUUCCACUGCUGAAGAAAAGGCGUCUCUGUGCCCAGGUGACGUGUGUGGCUAUAUGGAUCAUAAGUGUCUCAUCCUCCAUAAAGGAAAUGGUAAUCUCCAGUGCAAAAACAGACAAAUGUGAUUACAUUACUUGUGAGUCUUCCACUGAUCCAUGGAUGGACAAGAUCAGCAACUACAUAUUAACUUUGAUAUUUUUUUUGGUACCACUGACAAUCAUCAUUUAUUGUUACUGUCGGAUCCUUAAGAUUGUCAUAUCUUCAAAAAACAAGAAUAAGCACAAAACCAUCAUCCUCAUAUUUUGCAUUGUUGUAGCAUUCUUUGUUUGUUUGACUCCAUACAACGUGGUCUUGGUCACCAUGUCAGAACUUCAGAGCAGCAGCAGUAAGUUGUACCACAUAUUUAUCUUUUGCCGUAUCUUAGCGUACUUCCACUGCUGCUUGAACCCAUUUCUGUAUGCUUUUACAGAGAAGUUCAGGGCACAAGUGUCACGUCUGCUUUGCUGUGCUCCGCUGCAGCGCAGAUCUAUCAGCAGCAGGCUUAGUGGUGCUCACAGCAUCUCAAAUGUUAUCGAGAAAGUAAUAGCGACUAAUGAGAAUAUUCAGCUCACAUAAAUCAAUAAUCAA